AUGAAAACCAACAAUGAACCAAUAAUAUCUCAAAAGUUCAACGAGGUCGGAAAUGUCGACAUACGUGCAACCAACACCAGCCCCUGCGAAACCAGUGAACCAGAUCUGGAAAGACGAAACGAACCCAUAGAAUGCCCUAACAGUACCACGGUGGAAGCCCUCAACAAGGUGCUGUACCACUCAGGACAUGCCGGACUACUCCUCCUCACCAUUAUCGUCAUAUCGCUAGGCCUGACACUAUUCGCCUACGCACUAGACGGGGGAAUCACGCCGCAGUUCGACAUAAUCGCCGCCUCGUCAUUCAACAUGCACGCACAGAUCGGGGCAAUAAACACCGCAACAUCCAUCAUCAGCGGCGUCUCCAAACCCGUCAUCGGUAAACUGGCCGAUCUCACCUCUAGACCGACAACAUACGUGAUCGCGCUCUUAUUCUACAUGGUCGGGUACGUCAUCGCAGCCAGCGGCACGCAUUUCACGGCGUAUAUCAUCGGCGUCGCCUUCACGGCUGUUGGCAAGGCAGGGAUUAAUCUCCUUUGCCAGAUUGUUGUUGGUGACUUGACGACCCUGCAGUGGCGUGGUUUCUGGACAGGGAUGACUAUCGCGCCGUAUCUGGUCACGACAUUCAUUACGGGGUUUAUCUCUGAUGGGUUUGUUCCGGAUAAGUGGCGCUGGGGGUUGGGCAUGUUUGCGAUUAUGAUGCCGGUGCUUCUUAUACCGGCCAUUUGGGCGUUGUAUGGUGUGCAGUAUCGGGCCAAGCGGUUGGGAUCUGAUAUUGGACACGGGUCAAAAAAGGAUGGCAUGCUGUAUACUAUCUGGCAGGGCCUUGUCGCAGUUGACGUCCCUGGUGUGAUAUUACUGGGAUUCGCGUUCGCACUUAUCCUGCUCCCACUGUCGCUGGCACAGUCCGCACACGGAGGCUGGACGAAUGCAAGCAUGAUAGCCAUGGAAGUGACAGGGUUCGUCAUCCUCGCCCUCUUCAUCGGCUACGAGCUAUGGAUUGCACCAAAGCCCAUAAUGGCACGAAACAUCAUCCAGAAUAAAGUCUUCCUGGCUGCGCUGGGCGCCAAUCUCUUCGACCAAAUGACCACGGCUGUCUGGAACAAUUACUUCUCGUCGUAUAUAUACGUUAUCAAAGACUGGCCGAAUUACACCUGGACAGUUUUCACAGGGGUGCAGAACCUCUCCCUCACCGUCUUCAGUAUCAUCAAUGGCCUGAUGAUGGCCAAAUUCCACCGUUACAAAACAAUGAUGAUUGUCGGUGCAAUACUCAAAAUCGUGGGCUACGCCAUCUGCUUCGACAGCCACACCCGGAGCACACAAAACACCGCAACGCUUGCCAUUUCACAAAUCCUGCUCGGUGUCAGUGCCUUCACAGCCCUAGGCUCCCGCGUAGGCGCAAUGGCAUCCGUGCCGCACCAGGACAUGGCCUCAAUCCUCGCUGCUUAUUUCCUGUGGACAUAUCUCGGCACAUCCGCCGGGUACGCCGUCGCAUCAGCAAUCUGGACAGAUAAGAUGCUGAAUUACAUGCGGGCGGAAACACCGCCCGGAACGUCGGAAAUUGUGCUCAGAGCUAUUUACGGGUCGAUCAAAACGCUGCGUACCGAGUAUGCACCCGGGGAUCCGAUUAGGGACGGGGCAAUCCGGGCGUAUACGCGCACGAAUGGGAUUAUUCUUCUUGUUGCGGUGACUGUUACGAGUUUGUCGUUGGUUUGUUCUUUGUGCAUGCCGAAUUACUAUUUGGGGAGACAGCAGAAUGCCGUUACGAAUACUGGGCUUGAUGGCUCUCCUGUUGAUAUUACGUCUAGGGGCAAGAAGGAAGAAGCUGGACAAGAAGAUCGCUCUAGGGAGCUGUCCUAA